AUGAUCGACGCAUUUUACGCGUGUUUUUCCCCUCUCAGACCUCUCCUGCAUGCCCCACUUUCGCGCGGCUGUCUAAAGUUCCCGUGCCCAGCCAGCCCCUCCGUUGGUCACGAGUGGCAGGCGGAAGCUGACGUGGAAGUGACAAUCGCGGAGGGUGACACAGCAGUGGGCGUUAAGGCAGCAGACAAGGCAGUAGAAAGGGCAGCGGACAGCGCAGCAGCACAGGAUGGCAAGACGCAACAAAGGGAGAAAAUGCUGCAGGGAUUUGCGGAAAAAGACUCAAGCCGGUCGUCCUGGCGUGGAUGUGCUGAUGUGGCGGGUGGGCGCGGGGGAGUGGGGCGGAUGGCGCGGGGGGAGCGGCAGCGCGUGGUGGAGGCGGCGCUGGAGACGACUGAGCAGGACAACGAGGCUGUGAUGGGGAAGAUCCGCGCCCGCCUGGAGAGGUGCGUGAGUCGGAUGGGGCAAGGGGUGGUGGAGGCGGCACUGGAGACGACUGAGCAGGACAACGACGCGGUGACGGGGAAGAUGUGGGCCCGCCUGGAGAGGUGCGUGGGGGAGGAACAGGGGCGUGGGGUUGGGGAGGGUUCGCAUGACAGGGAGGCACAGGCGCUGGGGCUGAGUGAGCAGGGCAAGGAGGCGGUGAUGGGGAAGAUUCGCGUGCAGCUGGAGAUUGGCACCGCUCUGACCACCUGUGGUGUGGAUACGCUUCCUCUUUCUCCCUCUCGCUCCUUCCCCAACCAACCCGCCUUCUUCCCACGCGCUCCCACCUCCCAGUCAAUGCUGCGCAGCAUGCGUCUGCUGCCAGACAAGAGGCGUCGUUUCCCCAUCCUCCACGGCUGCAGUGGCGCGCUUAAGCCGGGCAGAAUGACGCUUCUCCUGGGCUCUCCUGGCGCGGGGAAGACCACCCUCAUGACCGCCCUAGCAGGCCACCUGGAUAGACACCUGAAGCUCACUGGCUCCAUCACGUACAACGGGCAGCAGCUGAAAGAUUUCAACCCUGCCCGGACGGCAUCCUAUGUGCCGGAGUGUGACGAGCACAUAGGCGAGAUGACCGUGAGGGAGACAAUGGACUUUUCCGCGCAGCUGCAAGGGAGGGGACCCUUCCGAGUGCUGGUGGAGGAGUUGGAGAGGAGGGAGAAGGAGAUGGGAGUGGAGCCGGAUGCAACAACAGCACUGCUCAUGAAGGCCAUGGCAGUGGAGGCCAAUCCGUCCAAUAUGGUCACCAACUACGUGCUCCAGGUGUGCUAUCAGCCUAUCACUCUCACACACGGGUGUGACUCUAGCAGCAAACCUAACAUGUCUGCUCGGCAGCUGCAGGGGCUGCAUUUGAGGCGCCUCAAAAGCUGGGCAUCUCUGUUGGGGCUGGGCAUCUGUGCGGACACGGUGGUGGGCAACGCUCUCGUGCGCGGCAUCUCGGGCGGCCAGAAGAAACGCCUCACCACAGGGGAGGAGCUGGUGGGCAUGCGGCAAGUGCUGCUGAUGGACGAGAUCAGCACGGGUCUCGACUCCUCCACCACCUUCCUCAUUGCCCGCUGCCUGCGCCAUCUCACCCACUCACUCUGCACCACCACGCUCAUCGCGCUGCUGCAGCCCGCCCCCGAGACCUUUGCACUCUUUGACGACGUGCUGCUGCUGGCGGAGGGGCACGUGGUGUAUCACGGGCCCCGGGAGGGCGUCAUGGGGCUGUUCCGCUCCCUGGGGUUUGAUUGCCCUCCUAGGAAAGGAAUCGCAGAUUUCCUGCUGGAGGUGACUUCAGCCAAGGACCAGGCACAGUAUUGGGUGGAUAAGUCGCAGCCUCACGAGUUCAUGGCAGCGGGGGACAUGGCUGCUGCCUUCCGCCACUCCACACUCGGCAAGCAGCGACAGGCAGAGCUGGCAACCCCCUUCCAGCCAACAGAGUCGUCCACGUCAGCACUGGAAACGGCCCCCUACGCUCUCUCGCCCACUCAGAUGCUGACAGCUGUCUUUGCCCGGGAAUGGCUACUGAUGCGGCGCAACGCGCUGCUCUACAUGGCCCUCAUCAUGCAGGUGAUAUUCACGAGCCUGAUGUCGUCGACAGUGUUCCUGUACACGCAGAGGGCCAUAACAGCCAAGGACGGCAACAUCUACCUGGGAGUGCUCUUCCUGGGCAUCACCAUGAUGCUCUUCAACGCCUUCUUUGAGCUCCUCCUCUUCACGCUCCGCCUUCCAAUAUUCUUCAAGCAGAGGAACACGCGUCUGUACCCGGCGUGGGCCUGGGUGCUGCCCAUGGCUGUGCUGUCGCUGCCGCUGUCGGCCGUGGUGGCGGCGCUGUGGACGGCUGGCACGUACUUUCUUGUUGGGUUUGCUCCGGAAGCUGGCAGGUUCUUCAUACAGCUGCUCAUAUUCUUCCUCAUCCACCAGACGGGAGUGGCUCUCUUUCGCCUGCUGGGGGCGGUGGGUCGCAACCUCGUGGUCUCCAUCACCCUCGGCAACUUUGCCUUCAUCAUCCUCUUCCUCCUCGGCGGCUUCAUUGUCUCCAAAGACGACAUCCAGCCGUGGUUCAUCUGGGCCUACUGGAUGUCGCCCAUCACCUACACGCAGAACGCCCUCUCAGUCAACGAGCUCCUCGCACCCAGGUGGCAGAAGGUGAGGGGCGUGCCAGGUGGCAGAAGGGGAGGGGCGUGCCAGGUGGCAGAAGGGGAGGGGCGUGCCAGGUGGCAGAAGGUGAGGGGCGUGCCAGGUGGCAGAAGGGGAGGGGCGUGCCAGGUGGCAGAAGCACCGCUAAUUCCCAACUCCACGGUGGGCCUGGUGGUGUUGGAGGGGAGGGGCCUCCCCACGGAGAGCAAGUGGGUGUUGAUCGGCGUGCUGGCGCUCAUCGGCUUCACUCUCCUCCUCAACGCCCUCGUUGUCGUUGCCCUCUCCGUCCUCCACCGUCAAACUCCCUGUUCCCUCCCCACAACCCAUGUUCACUGCUCUUCCUUCUCCACCCAGCCCACCAACUCCCGCAUAACUCCUACCCCUCUCAUCAACCCCAUACAUACCAUGCCACGUCAUCAUCCCACAUCAGCAUGGGCCAAGGACCAGCCAGUAACAGAAGAACAGCUGGACGCCAGAAUAGAGGCAGCAGUGGGUCUCACAGCUGCCACAGCCACCAGCAGGCGCCUCUCGAAGCACUACAGCACUGGCAGCCGGCGCAAUUCAGAGAGUCAUGGCAGGGGGGGGGGCAUGGAUGGGGAUGCGAUGCCGAUCAGCAUCAGCAUCAGCAUCACGCGCAGCCAGUCGGGGCAAAGCGCCCGCUCUGUUGGGUCGCGCAGUGGUGGCGCCCUCGAACGGUACUGUGAGCGAGUCUCAUCGUCUCACUCCAUGGGACACACAAUCGAGCCCUCCCUGUCCCAGGACCUCUCUGUGCCGCCCACCACCACUCGCGGCAUGGUGCUCCCCUUCCUCCCCCUCCCCGUCGCCUUCCACAACGUGUGCUACUGGGUCGACAUGCCGCCCGCCAUGCGCUCCCAUGCUGCCCACGCCGCCGGCAACUCUGCCACCCGCCUGCAGCUGCUGAGAAACGUCUCGGGGGCGUUCCGGCCGAAAGUGCUCACCGCGCUGGUGGGGGUGACAGGCGCGGGGAAAACAACCCUCAUGGAUGUGCUAGCAGGGAGGAAGACCGGGGGGUAUAUAGAGGGAGAUGUGAUGGUGGCUGGGCACCCGAAGGUCCAUGAGACGUUUGCACGCGUGUCGGGGUACUGUGAGCAGAGCGACAUUCACUCGCCGCAGGUCACGGUGCAUGAGAGCCUGCUGUUCUCCGCGUGGCUGCGACUUCCCAGGGAUAUCGACAGAGACGUGCGGGAGGAGUUUGUGGAGGAGGUGAUGGAGCUGGUGGAGCUGGACGUGCUUAGGGGCGCGCUGGUGGGGCUGCCUGGGGUGAACGGGCUCAGCACGGAGCAGAGGAAGCGCCUCACCAUCGGAGUCGAGCUCGUGGCCAACCCCUCCAUCAUCUUCAUGGAUGAACCCACCUCAGGUCUGGAUGCGAGGGCAGCAGCCAUUGUGAUGCGAACGGUGCGCAACACGGUGGAUACGGGGCGCACUGUAGUGUGCACCAUUCACCAGCCCUCCACCGACAUCUUUGAAGCCUUUGACGAGCUGCUCUUAAUGAAGACAGGAGGAGAGGUUAUCUACAUGGGGCCUUUGGGAGUCAACUCGAAGCAUCUCAUCAAAUAUCUUCAGGCCGUACCCGGCGUGCAGCCCAUCCCUGAUGGUUACAACCCCGCCACGUGGAUGCUUGAGGUCACGGCGCCCGCUGCUGCUGAGAGCAUUGGGGCUGACUUUGCAGAGAUCUUCAGGAAUUCGCAGCUGUUCAGGGACAACGAGGCACUGAUAGCCUCUCUUUCCGCCCCGCCUCCCAACACAGCGCCUCUCCACUUCCCCACGCGCUACUCCACCUCCUUCCUCACGCAAUUCCUUGCCAACUUCUGGAAGCGUGCUCUCAUGUACUGGCGAGCCCCCGACUUCAACGCCGUCCGCUUCUUCCUCGCUGUCUGCAUCUCCCUCCUCAUGGGAGCUGUCAUGUUCGGCUUCGGCCACUACCACUCGACGCAGCAGGAGGUGCUGAACGUGAUGGGCGCGCUUUAUGUCACGUCGCUGCUCAUGGGGUGGAACGCUGCAACAUCCCUCCAGCCCAUGCUGUGUACCGAACGCACAGUGUUUUACAGGGAGCGAGCCGCUGGGUUGUACGGGUCGCUUCCGUACGCGCUAGCGCAGGGGGCGAUCGAGACGCCAUAUGUGGUGGUGGAGACGUUGCUGUUCUGCGUGAUCACCUACGCGCUGCUCGAGCUGGAGUGGACGGCCGGCAAGUUUUGGUUGUACUGCGCGUUCAUCUGCCUGACGCUGCUGUGCUUUGCGAGCUUCGGCAUGAUGGCGGUGGCCAUCACGCCCAAUGAGCUGCUAGCUGUAGUGCUCAGCGGGUUCUUUGUGAUGCUCUGGAACCUCAUGUGCGGCUUCCUCAUCCCCAAGCCGGAAAUUCCCGUGUGGUGGAGCUGGUUUUAUUACAUCAACCCAAUCGCCUGGUCACUCUACGGCCUCAUCACCUCCCAGCUGGGAAACGUUCAGGACUUGCUCACAAUACCAGGCUACCCAGUGAAGGUCACGGUGCAGCAGUUUCUAGACCUGUAUCUCGGUUACCAGGAGCAGUGGGUUGGUUACGCCAGCCUCAUCCUCGUUGCCUUCUCCGCGCUCUUCUUUGUCGUCUUUGCCGUCGCACUCAAAGUCAUCAACUUCCAAAAACGCUAG